AUGGCUCUGACGACCGUGACCAUCGCAGCUUCUAGGGACCUUCGGAACGUCGUCAAGACAGUGGUUAAUCUCCCUGACUGCUUAUUGCUCGAUCAGUCUUCGGAUGAAGACUCAGGUAUUGAGCGCGUCGCUGAGUCUCUCAUCCACCUGUGGUACUCAGCGUUUGUGCAGCCACAUACGAUUGACGGGAUCCGUGAUCGCGUGGGCCCAUUGAUCAGCGAGGAGGAAUGGCUCAAACUCGAGAAGAUUACUGCCGCGCCCAAAGGCCUCACCUACGAGGAAGCAUCACGAAUUCGGCAGAAAGUAACGCUGGCGCCAGAGAGGGCUGAUUACCGCGACCGGUGGUCUUUCAACGAGGCGACUCCGUCCGCACGCCUCGUAUCACAACGAUUCAGGGAGGAUGGGCUACUGCUACCGUUUGGGCAUUGCCGACUCGGGUUCACUGAGCCCAAUCCAUCGCGCUCCGUCACCUUCGAGAUGUAUUGCGUCAAUGCCACGGAGCUUCCCAAGUUCCUCGAAGCUGGAGGGUCCGCAAGAAUUGAGGUUUCGAACAUCGUCGACGGAGCAUAUCUAGGGAUCGAAAAGACAUUGUCUCACCUCUGUCCCUUGCUGCAGGCGCCCGGCAGCAACCCACAUGCCACGCUCAUCUGCGUCUUCCUGAAUGCCGUCAUGGAAGCUGCUAAGGGAACCGGGCAGGACGAUAUCGAGAACUUCGAACUCCUCUUCCAGUAUCUUCCCAUCACCGACCCUCUCUCGCUGGUGGCUCCCCAUAGUCCCGAUAUGCUACGCAUUUGUGACGCUCGUCCUCUUGUCCGCGAUGUGGAAAAGUACUUCCAAAUGUAUCGGUCCCGAGUAGGAUUCGAGAAAAUCAGCACCAAGCUCAAGGUCAAAGAGAAGAACCAAAACACGAUUUUCGAGCCUUGGCCAACUCAAUUGAAGAUUAAGCCAGGACAUGGUGGCGCCGAGGAGGAGUUCAGGAUCCUCCUCGGCUCACAUUUAUCCGGGAUGGAGCAGAAUGGAAGAGGAUUGAACCUCUGGGUCGAUCUCUCAGCAGAAGAGUCCGAAAGAUAA